AUGCCCCCUCCUCCCAUGGACCCGGCCAUCGUCUCGUCGCAGCGCCCCAACGCCGUCUACACCCGCGCUCAGCUCCUCGCGCUCCAUGCCAGCCCGCUCGUCCCCGCCAAGCUCGACGGCAUGAAGGACCUCGCCGACUGGCAUGGCGACUUUGCCGAUCCGCCUUCGCCUCCGACGCAGCAGCGCCACGGCCUUCCCGCCCGCACGUCCGACCGCGCCGACCGCGCGCCCGCUCGCCGGCUCCACAACGACGCGUCCAACUCGUCGCCGUUCGCCAACUUUGGCCGGUUCGGCGUCGACGGCGGGCUCGGCGAGGCGCUCGAGAGCGGCAGCAGUCGGCGCAGGGCGCGCGGCGGACUCGGCGCCGAGCGCGAGGCCGACAAGGACGUCGCGCCGCACCUGCGCGGGUCGACGGGCGGCCGUGCCGGCGGCGAGCCGAGCAGCCCGACCAAGGAGCGUCGCGGGUUCGACCUCGGCGGCGAGCGCGAGCGCGGCGACAGGCUCAAGGGCCGGGUCGCUGCGGGAGAGGGCGCUGCGAGGGGUUACCGCGAGCUGAGGACGAGGGACGACGUCGAGCUCGCGGCGGGGCAGUCGAAGCGGGACGCGCGCAGGGGUGUCGGCCCGGCCGACGAGGGUGGCUGGAGGAACGUCGGCAUGAGCAGGGAGGAGCGCGAGAAGCGGCUCAUCCGCAACCAGGCGCCGCCAAGCCCGCACGCUCCCGCCGAGCCAGGCCGUCGCGACCGCGACCGAGGCGAGCGCGGUGACCGCGAGCGCGGCGACCGCGACGGGCCCGCAGGCCGGUCAGGCCGCCCGGCGUGGAUGGACGACGACUCGGCGGCGUCGGGUUCGGGCUCGCCUGGCGGCUCGUCGCCGGCCUGGAUGGACGCUCCGGCGUCCGGCAACCUGUCGUUCGACGGGACCGGCCACGUCCGCGACGGCGAGGACAAGGCGGCCGCCGCGCGCGACAAGCUCGCCAAGUCGCCGCUCUCGCCGCUCUCGUCGUUCGGCUCGGGCGCGGGCAAGAACGGCAUGGACAGCCUGCAGGCGUUCAAGGCGCAGAUGAAGGAGCGCGAGCGCAAGGACCGCGAGCGCGAGCUGCGCGCGGCGGGCCUGCCCAUCGACGACGAGCGCCCGGCGUCGUCGUCGGCCACCGAGCGGCCCGCGCACGAGGCGCCGGCCGCCAAAUCGAUCUUCGAGGACCUCGGCAUCGCGCGCUCGUCGCAGCCGCUGCCCGGGCUCGGCCUCGAGGGCAACGCUUCGGCGUCGCCCGCCGUCGCCGCCGAGGGCGGUCGCGGGUCGCGCUUCGCCCGCUUCUUCGACGGCAAGCCUGCCGGUCAAGCGUCGCCACAGCAGCAGGCGGCGCAGCAGCCGCCGGCGAGCGCCUUCAGCUCGCUCCUCGGCACCGCCGCGAGCGCGAGCGAGGGCCCGAGCGCGCCCGGCGGCGUCGGCGGCGGCGGCGGCGGCGGCGCAGGGCCGACCAAGGAGGACUCGGACAGCAUGGCGCGCCUGCUCGGCAUGCUGCAGGUGUCGGGCGCAAGGAGCUCGUCGCCGCUCGUCGGCAAGGACGCCUCGGCGUCUCCCGCUCCGCAUCCCGCCGUGUCGCCGUCGCCGCUGCCGUCGCAGGCCCCGUCGACCGUCGCGUCUCCCGCUCCGACGAGCACGUCGGGCAGGACGGUCGAGGAGGGCCGGGCCUCGAGCCGGUUCAACUUCUCGAGCAAGUCGACCAUCGCCUCGCCCGCCACGCCUGCACCUCCUGCGCCGCCCGGGCUCCAGUCGCCGUUCCUGUCGGCCCCGGCCCCACCUCCAGGCCUCGGCCACGCGUCGCUGCAACAGCAGCCGGCGGUCAGCCCCGCGCCGUCGCUCUCGCGCUCGCCUCAGCAGCCUCGUCCCCAAGGAGGACGCGCGCCGGCCGUCAACGGCGAGCUGCCGCACCAGGGCCACGGCCCGAACGGCAUGUCGCCUCAGUUCGCGCCGCAGGGUCCGCCGAUGCCGCCGCCGGGCAUGCCGCCGCAGUUCUACGGCCAGCGCUUCCCGCCGUCGAUGCCCGGGCAGCUCCCGCCCGGCAUGGCCCCGCCGCACUUUGGCUUCGCGCCCGACGGGCGCCCUCUUCCUCCUCCGCCGCACCCGGGCAUGCUCCCUCCCUUCACGUCGCCGCCCCUCGCCCGCCCCAACGGCCCGCUCUCGCCGCCCCUCGCGAGCCCGAACGGCAUCUCGCCCAACGGCGGCCCCGGGCGGCCGCCGUUCUUCCCGCCCGGCGCCUCGCUCCCGCCGCAGAUGAUGUUUGGCCCGGGAGGAGCGAUGGCGCCGCCGCCGGGCGGCAUGCCCUUCCCGCCGCCGCCGCCGCCGCCGCACCACCUGCAGGGCCGCAUGCCGCACCCGCCGCCCAUGUUCACCGGCGGCACCAACCCGGGCGCCGACCUCAUGGCCCUGCUCAACAGCGGCUCGUCGGGACAGCGCAUCGGCGGCGACGGGCCGCCGCAGAGGCCCAUGUGAGGAGGCGCGCGCGCUCGUCGUCGUCUUCGUCGCUUUCUUUCCCUCUCUCUCCCUCCCCCCUUUGUCUCUCUUUCCUCUCUCUCUCGUUCCUAUCCUCGUGCGCGCAAUGUCAAGCUUGAUGUCUGU